GAGAUGAAUCGAACGCCUCAGGACUGCCGAGCAUAAGCAGAUAGAGCGGUUUUGGAUAAUCCUCGCGUCUCAUCAGCGCUCAGUAACGCGCAUACGUCAUCCCUCUCUUGUCCUGCAGACUCAUGGACUGAAGCAGCAGCAGCAGCGCCGACAGCACCGUCGCAUCCCACUGAAGUAGUAACCAGAGCGACAGAACUGCACAGCCUUGACCAUUAGGAAAACGUCCAGCCUAAAACAGGCACUGCUAUGUUGAAACGCGUUAGAUAUGACUGAUGUCGAGGUGACAUAUGAAGACUUCAUCGCAUCUGGAAGGACCGGCAGACGCAAUGCUGUCCACGACAUCCUGGGAACCUCCGGCGGCCUGGACGCCAGCGGACUCUCCCAAACUCUGUCUGAGCUCAAUAUCAGCAAAGCAGAGGCAGGGAACGACGAAGAGAAAAGCCAGAGCUUGGCAGACUCCGACUCCAAGCAGGAAGAAGGCAAAGGAGAAGGUACAUAACAGACUUCAGUGACAGAAUCAGGAGAUACCCCCUCUAGUGGCUGAUUUUAAAACCGAGCGUGGAGGGGUUGACGUUGAAAGUAACGGAGCAUCCCACUCCCUUAAGGAAUCCGGAUGGAGGAGACUCUGCUUUGAGGAAGCUGCUGUGAAAGGCUGGGCCUUAAGAAUCGCAGCACGGCCGUUUUUUUAAUGGCGUACGCAACUUUAGCUGAUGUAGGUAUGAUUUUUACUUAGAAAUUCACUUUAGUUGUUUGGUACCGGUGGGACUUGGGGGUCACAAGUAAUGACGCUCUUGGGAGAUCACACGGAUCUUAUUUGGAAUGCCACCCACAGAACUCUUGAUUAACUGCCAGAGUAGCGCAGCUGAUACGCACUCAACGUUCAGUCAUUUUAUAGGUGUAGUGAUGUAAUAGUAAUAUCAGGUUUUGAUAUUAAACUGUGCUGUCUUUGAUAUCACGUUGAUAUUCACAUAAUAUAAGUGCUGCACUUACACUCACUGAGUCUACGACGGUCUUGCAUGGCACUGCUCCUGACAGAAUACCUGUGUGUAACCGUUCACAUCCCGCAAAGGACUAAAUCAUUCGUGGUCCGAGCAUUUGCAGAUUGUGGUGAUGCUAAUUCCUUGAGUGUUUUAUGACGAUACUUCUUCUUGUAUUAUGAAAUCUAGCGUGAUCUGAAGUCUGACUGACACUGCCUAAUAACCCUUUUUAAAAUGUGUUCAAUAGAGCUUGCCUUAUCAAACCUCUGCCCAUAUUUCGUCUUCCAGUCAUUAGCUCUAUGUCCUUGAUUUUGCAUAAAUAUAAUUGAUGAUAUUUUCAUCUGUGGGUAUGUAAAUAUUUGAAUAAAUUCAAGCAAUCUUUGGGACAAA